CCAUCAUCAAGAAGCAAUUGAAGGCUUUCAGGACCUUCUUCAGAGACAAAUGGUUUCAAAGAGCGUGGAUCAUCCAGGAGAUUGCUCUUGCGCGCGAAGCUACAAUCAUGUGCGGGAUGAAGUCAAUCCCAGCAGGGAUAUUCUCCUCUCUGUCCUGGAUGCUUGGGAAAUCUAUCGAAAUAUCUCCAAUCGAGCCUGUAUUAAAUGUUAUGCCCGGAUUCUCAAAAUACACGAAAGAGUCCUGGUGGAACAUGGAACGGGACCUCUUUGCACUUCUUCUUAAAUUUUGUAGCAAUGAAGCUACUGAAUUGAGGGACAAGAUCUAUGCUUUUCUUGGUAUUGCAAGCGAUACUAGGAAUGGGAACUUUGAAGCGAGCUACGAGGUCAGUGAAGAAGAGCUUGUUCAAGACGUUGUGUCCUUCCUCUCAUUUGGUGUCAAGAUUGAUCGCUCCCUCUUUAGUGCUCCGCGAUGGACAUUGCAUGAUUUCUUCAAGAAUUUAACCUUCCUUCCAUUCAUUGUUUCAGACGGAGUCAAUUAAUCAACCACCAUUCCGCCAGAAGCAUUGAAAAUUCUCUGUAUAACACGCUCUACGGCUGUUGACCACACCCAAGCUAAAGGACGCGCAUCUCGACCGACCAAGAAAUUGAGGCAUUUAUAAACCUUUCGAAGAACUCUAAGGAGGGUUCCAGUAUCCAAAAAGGUACUAGGUCAGUCAGAGUGUGUGCUUUCGACGGACCCCCGUCUUUCGGCAGUA